GAACCGUUGCAUACGGCUGGAUCGCGCAAGCAGGCCAGCCUUGAGUAAUCUGUGCGGAGAGUGUGGACUUGUGCGCGCGGCAAAUUCGAGGACCGAGCGCAUCGUCGGGGUGCGCGCCCGGCGAGGGCAGUGUGUGGAGUGGUCACUGGCCAGCGCCCCCCGGGUCACGACGGCUUCUCCGCUGCGGAAAAGCUUUGACUUUGAGCACUGCGUGCAACUUUCGCCAUGUUACGCGUCGUCCGGCAUGGACUCGCCCCAUCUGUAUGAGUCGGCGAGCAGCGAGGACCUCAAGCAUCCGUCUCGACAGCAGCCGUCGCUGGUGCUGAACGCUGCGCUGGGCGCGCGGUCUCAGCUGGGCGCCUUUGACUUGGGCUCGGACGGCUGCGUGCCGGACCUGGCCGAGCUAAACACACCCGAAUUGUCAUUCGAUCUGCAAGGCUUCAUCGCCGACUCUUCUUCUUCGGCGCACUCGUCGAGCAGCCUCGAGGAGACUCUGUUCACGGAUCUGCUGACAGAGCAGCAGAAGCGUUACGGUGGCCAGGCCUUUUCCAUGCCCCACCAGGGUGGGUCCCUGAACGAGCACCGGUACGGCGCUGAGGCGGGGCUCGGCAUCAAGCAAGAACCGCUGGAUCAGGCCGAGUACUCGAGCUGCCGCGAGCAGCCCUACGGCCGCGGCCUGCUCGCUUUUCCGGGCCUGCACGGCGGGGCCCCCUCGGCCGCGCCUACGCUCAGGCCUGUGGCCGUGUUCUCGUCAGGUCAGCCGCAUGGUCUGGCGCCGCCCCAAGGGCCCCUGGGCCUGCCACCGCCGCCCCCGCCACCUCAGGGAGCGCAGCUGCACAGGCUCGGCGGAGGACCUCCGACGCACCACAACGGGGCUCUUGCCGCGUCCGCUGCCGGACUUCGGCCCUUGGGCGCACCCCCCGCCAAGCCACAGCCGCACCGCAGUUCGGCCGGCAAGAAGCUGCUCGACAAGGGCUCCGACGAGUACCGCCGCCGCCGCGAGCGCAACAACAUCGCCGUGCGCAAGUCCCGCGAGAAGGCCAAGCAGCGCUCCCGGGACACCGAGCGCAAGGUGUCCGAGCUGAACCGCGAGAACGACUCGCUGCGCAAGAAGGUCGAGCUGCUCACCAAGGAGUUGGCCGUGCUCAAGUCGCUGCUCACCAACGUGGGCGUGCCGCCGGAGAACGUCGACUCCGAGAUCGCUCGCUCGCUUCAGGGCUACUAGGCGGCGCCCGCGGGCCGCCCCGUGUCUAGUCAGCUGUACAAAGGGGCCCCCGGGCCUGGACUCGCCGGCGCCGGCUCGCGGCGGACCCCCAGUGCGUACCCACCCCCCUUCAUUCAGACUGCCGCCCCCUCCGUCUUGCGUUGAGUACUGUUGCACCGUUUAUUUUUUUAAGAAAAACAAUAUCAAUAUUAAAGUCCAUUUUCCGUUCAUCGAAGCGCUGGCCCCGGUGUGUGUGUCUCUCGCCCGCCGCUCGGAGCCCCGGCCUCAGGGCAGACGAGCGGCGGCGCUGUGCCCCAGACACGACGCCUGCUGGCGCGCGCCAGCUGCUUGCCGCGGUGGCAGGCUCUCGCGCCUGCCGCCGCGCCUCGAUGAUCCCAUUGGCUCGACACCAGCACGGCAUCACACGUUGCUUACCAGCAGCGGAGUUCCUAUGAGCACACUUCGCUAACUGUAAAGCUUUGUUUAAUGGCCAGCUACGUCAGGUGGUAGCUUAGGAAUUAUAAGCAUUUGCUGUGAUACUUGCUUCAUAUAAGUUUGUGGUAUACCUACUAAGCCAGCAAGCGUUCCUUGUGGUACCGUAAUUUGUUCAUUUGGGAUAUCUUAAGCUUUCUCAGAAAUUGGAUGAGUCAAUCUGUUUGCUGCUGUAGCUGUGCUUCCUGUUGCGCGCGAGACUUGAGGACAGCUUUCGGCACCAGAACAAUAGUGUGUAGGUGCCCGUGUGUCGCACUGCUCGCAGAGUACAAAAGAGCUGCUGCAGGUAAGUGCACGCUGCAGCGGAUCCCAGAGGAGGCGAUAGGUGAUCGCGGCGGCCGCGCCAGGGGUGUCCAAUGUGAAGGCCGGCCCUUAUCGUGCGCCCCGCGGGGUCAGCGUAGCGCGUGUGACGCAAGGCGCUCGCGCGCACUGACGGAAUUUCCGGAUGGAGCGCGCGUUGCCUAGGCGACAGCGUCCCGCGCGCUGCCAGGGGCAACCGUGCAGCUGUCUUUCGGUCAGGCCUUGUGCAAUACCGAGGAUACACUGUUUCAGCGCUUGGCAAUAUUGCGGCCGCAACUUAGGCGCGCCGUGUGCUGCGCUCUUCGCCAUUCCAUCCCCCUCCCCCAUCGAUCCACGCGCGAGCGCUGUUUCGCGGCUGCCCGCAGGCCGGCGUCACGGGCGCGCCCGGCCCACGCUCCCGAAAGGUUUCAACUGGCUUAACGCCGGUCCAGCUCUUUCAACAGCCCGGGCUCAUUCGGUCUCUUCUCGUGCCAAUCCGAAGAGAAAAAAAAAAUAGACAAAAAUGGCGGCGCAUACAAGAGGACAAGGAAUAGACAGGUCUACUGGUAUAGUCCAGGUCUACUGGUCUACUGGUAUAGUCCAGCGCUUUCGAUUGUUAUAAGUCCAGUGUUUGCUCCACCGAUUACUUGUUCUUUUGCCUACGUUGUCGUAGAUGGGUUUUUUGAUGGUUAGUUUUUGCCCUGCAAGCGUAUACACCAACUUGCCGCUCAGCCCAGUUUUGCAGAAUUCGGCCAUAGAUUCGUGCGGCCACGAGCCUCAAUUUGUUCCAUAUGCAGAAGAUAUUGAACGUGAGCUUCGCAGUCGCCCUUACUCCCCACCAUGCUCCACAAACCCGAUUUUGUAGCUUAGGAUCCGCACUCGCUUUCCGAUUGUUGCGCGUGCCGUUACUUCUGCCGAUACGUAAACUUAAGGCUUGUGAUCGUCAUUCUUUGCUGAACUCGGCGUGACAGUAUGCGUUGCGGCAGCUUCAAUGCUUCGCGACCUGGUGACUUCCGUUACGUUAAGUGUAUUUUACUACGAAAAGUGCAAAGGGGCAUUGAGAUAAAUGUUUUUGUGUGCAUAGCAGUAUGUAGGGCAAAUAGUAAUGUAAAGAGGAAAAAAACAAGUGGGGAUGUUGCUAAGGAAAACGAGAAAUACUAUAUGUACAUGAAACUUUAUCUGCUACUGAGCCGUUACUGAACUGUUACUGUUACUGAAAUAAUAUGAACAACCGGGAAUGUUUGUUAAUCAGGGCCCGUGUUGCGUGAGAAGUUGCCACUCUUUUUGUCCUUCGUCACUAGUGCGCACGAAGCCGUGUCCCCGCUAAUACAAAGAUCAGCCGUGCAGCAGGACAGACGAUAAGAAAUGGAUAGAAUCGGACGAAAACAAUUCUUGCACAAUACGGGCCCCACUGUAAACACACACACACACACGCACACACACACACACACACACACACACACACACACACACACACACACACACACACACACACACACACAUAUAUAUAUAUAUAUAUCAGCUAAUCCUACGAAAGCAGCUUGGAAUUUAAAGGUGUGUGGGAGCGGAGUGGCGGUACAUAGCAGGAGCGUUACAUGGCAGAGAAGCUGCUCACAUUAAUCUCCUCUUGAAAGGAAAUGCAAAAUUCAACCUACGUUAGCUGUAUCAUGCAAUUGCUAAAGCGCUCCACCUUGUAAUAGUUAGCGACCGUCGCUCCUAUAGACUUGGUCCAUGUCUCAGACAUGUUAUACUUCACACUGAAGACGAGCAGUCGACGCAGGUUAUUACCAUGAUGAGGUCCUGGAUGCAUGCGGUAAAAUACACACGAACAGACGUGUCCCAGGUUGUGCACGUUGACAUCAGGUGAAAGAUGCCGCCCACCUCUAUGUUGAAUUGUCCUCGGUCUGCAAACGAGCGGCUUGUGCUACAGAAAGGUCUUCACGUGCUGUCAAAAUCGCCUUUGUUUAAUUUUAAUCUUACGGGUGCGCCUACUCUGACAUCUACGAUCAAAGUAGAGCUUUGCUCGCCGUUAAUAACUUUGUUUUUCAACAAAAAAUAAUGACCGUUGGGGAUCGUUUAGCUUAUGGUCUGCUCACAUACUUCUCUCAAGCUUGCCUAACGUGCGUCGCCAAAUCACGCGUUAAGGGAGAGAGGGAUCUGUAAUAUUCCAGUCACAAUGCAUAGUGCCAGGGAUCUUCGCCGUGCCCAUAGUGUAAAUAGUGUGUAUAGAGUCUGGAUCAUUCAUACUGUACAUAUUGUACAUAGAUUGUAUGGUGGGUUGUGUGCGGUUUGUUGAUUUUCCGUCGUCUAUUCUGUAUUUCAUUCCUAUUGCUACAAGUAGUUAUGCUCUCCGAAAGUAAAUGCUUUGGAGUAGCCGGCUCCAAUGGAGGAGGCCACGUCUUCGUUCUUAAAUAAAUAGUUAUCUCUA